CGCCGCCGCCGCCGCCGCCGCCUGGGCCGCCCGCGCCAUGUGCCAGGCGGGCGAGGACUACGCGGAGCCGGUGGGCGAGGGCGCGGCGCCCGCGCGGCCCGGCCGCGCGCGGAGCUGCGCCAGGUGCGAGGCCGGCCGGCCGGUGGUGGCCCUGCGCGCGGGCGGCGCCUUCUGCAGGGCCUGCUUCCGCGCCCACUACACCCACAAGUUCCGAGCUGUGCUGGGCAAGAACCGCCUCGUCUUCCCGGGAGAGAAGGUGCUGCUGGCGUGGUCCGGCGGGGCUUCCUCCAGCUCCCUGGUGUGGCAGGUGCUCGAGGGCCUGAGUCGGGAGUCCGCGAAGAGGCUGCGCUUCGUGCCGGGGGUGGUGUUCGUGGACGAGGCCGCAGCCUGUGGCCAGAGCCCGGAGGCGCGCGUGCAGACGCUAGCCCAGGUGAAGCGCUUCCUGGACGGCAUCCCCUGGCCCAGCCACACCGUGGCCUUGGAAGAGGUCUUCCGCCUGCCGCCGUCCGUGCUGCGACACGCGGACCAGGAGCCGCCGGGGCCACGGGAGGCGUACAAGGCGGCUGUGGACAGUUUCCUCCAGCGGCAGUGGGCUGGGGGGACUGAGGCAGGCCCCGGUGCAGCCCCCAGGGAGGAGCCCCCCGACCAGGCCAGGCUGCCCCCGGCCGCCCAGACGGAGGCCCUGUGCAGGCUGUUUGACUCGGUGGCAACGCUGACGGCCAAGGAGGAGCUUCUGCAGACGCUGCGGACCCACCUGAUCCUGCACGUGGCCCGGACCCACGGCUACUCCAAGGUGAUGAUGGGGGACAGCUGCACGCGCCUGGCCAUACGCCUCAUGACCGGCCUGGCGCUCGGCAGAGGGGCCUUCCUCGCCUGGGACACGGCCUUCUCCGACGAGCGCUAUGGGGACGUGGUGGUGGUGCGGCCCCUGCGGGAGCACACGCUCAAGGAGGUGGCCUUCUACAACCGUCUCUUCGCCGUGCCCACCGUGUUCACCCCCGCCAUCAGCACCAAGGCCCUGGAGAAGGGCAGCGUCCACCGGCUGGUGGAGAACUUCUUGCUGGAGCUGCAAGCGUGGUUCCCCUCCACGGUCAGCACCGUGUACCGGACCAGCGAGAAGCUGCUCAAGGCCCCAAAGGACGAAAGUGCUGCCCCACGCUGCCUGCUCUGCCUGUGCGCGCUGGAUGUGGACCCAGCAGACAGUGCCACGGCCUUCGGGGCGCAGACCUUGCGUCUUUCCCAGCCACUUCCCCUCGGACCGGCCAGCUGCUCGCCGGGGAUGGGCAGUGCCCAGGGCUGCUGCUGGGAGUCUGGGCCCUGUGAGAGAAGCCAUGCCGGGGCCCAGCUCCUGGAGCAGCUGUGUUACAGCUGUCGGGUGACUAUGAAGGACCUGCCUUCCCUGGACCCGCUGCCGCCCUACAUCCUGGCCGAGGCCCAGCUCCGGAGUCAGAAGUGUCAGUGCUCAGGGAGUCCUGUGGGGGGCCCAGCGCCUGGCCCCACCGGGCAACCCCCCUGCGGGGCCGGAGCCGCCCAGGAGACUCAGGCGCCUGUGCCGGAGCCCGCCGCAGGGGACAGCUAAAACCCACCAGGGCCGGGCCUGGGCGAGAGUGUUUAUAAAUAAAGUUUUUAAUUAGAAA